ACGUAUAUUUGCUUUUGUGAAAAUUGUGAAUCAGGUGGACACUUACAUCUUAAUAUUAGUUAAUAUAUUUGCGAAUGUUUAUAUAACACGCACCCGUAAGAUGAAUUCUAUAAUAUCUGAUGAUAUGACCCGAGAUCAUUUGGCAUUAGAAGCAGCAAAGUGUAUUGAAAACAUAUUUACAAACAACCAAAACGUUAGAACUUUACAUAAAGACUUGCUGGAAAUAAACCUUUCGAUCACAGCGUACUUAUUAGAGAGUAAACGACGCUUGAAAGAGCUCCGAUUGGAAUUGGCACACGAAGCAAAGAGCUCACAAAGGGUUGUAGAAAUACUGUCUGAAAAAUUGUAAAAUGUCUAAAUUACCACACAUGCAAUGCAAUUCAUCCCAAAUGAAUAAAGACGAGUCACAAAACAAAUAUAGUUAUACAAAAUUCACUGAACACCACCAAGCUAGGACUUUCAUAAAUUGGUACAAACACAUGAUUGACAAUGAAAGACAGAAUCUCUGCUUGUACCUUGCUGAUGAUGCCAUUCUAGAGUGGUUUGGUAGAACUAUAAAAACUAGGAAAAAGCUGUCUGCGUUUCUCAAACAUGAUAUGCAGUGUUCAAGGCAUGAUCUUACUACUGUAGAAAGUAUAAACAAGAUUGAAUUUAGGCAGGGCAGGAUCUCCAGAAAAGAUGAUAAUCCAAUUGCCAGUCCGCUUAACUCUCCUGACAUAAAAAAUUGUAAAAGAAGUCUCAAAACUACUUGCAACAGUCCUGAAUGGGCAGAGGGGUGUAAUCCACAAGAUGAUAUAAAAGAGUUGGAUUUUGUUAACAAGCGUCUAAAAAGACAUCAUGUUGAACAUCUCAAUCAUAAUGAUGAAGAUGUGGUACAUAUGAAAAAUGGACUCAAAAGAGAAUGUAGUGCAGAUGAAGGUGUAGAGGUAAAUAGUAAAGGUGACAGUGUGCUUAGGAGACGAGUGAAACGAAAAUGUGUGCUGGUCACACCUCCAAACUGCGAAGUGGGGCAAGGAGAUUGUUUGCCUUCUACAAGUGGGGCAGAUUCUGAUAGAUCCCAUGAUACACUCAAUGCCCAACUACCUAAGCUAGCUGUUGAAUGCAAUGGUUACAUAGAAUUUGCCAGAUCAAGAAAUAGUAGGAGCACAGAUACAAUGAAAUGGGAUAGAAAGUGUAAAAUCCAGAUUAGUUAUUCACAAGACCCGUUAAACAUUGGUGAGUAUAUCAUAUGGGCAUUGAUAUAUUCUGGUGAAAGUAAAUGCAGGAGAAAUCUUUUAGCUGCCUUUGAAGAGGCUGCUAAAGAAGAGGCUUUGCCAAAUUUUAAUGAUUAGCAUUAUUUAAUACUGCCAAUAUCAAAAUAAUAUUUACAUUAAAAUAUUUGACUUUUCAACAUUUGACAAAUUCGACUUUUUAAUGAAUUUUAUUGAUUAUUUCAUGAUGUUUAAUGUGGUGACAAAUAAAGAUGUUGUGUCACAUUAUGAUGUAAUGGCGCCCUUCACAUAUAUAGCCGACAUCCACAACUUACUAUCAGGUGGGCAGCCUGCUUUUUUUUCAUUCCAAUUGUAUUAAAAAAUAGUUUCACAGCUAAAGUUAAAUUCUACAUGUUCUCAUAGAUAGCUUGAACAAUUGGGUCACCAGACAGGCCAACAGACUUGGUCAAGUUUUU